AUGCCUGGCUUGCACACCCACGAGAAAUAUGUCUUUGGCAGAAGCGCCAAAGAGUCAGAGCGAUUGCUCACCAAGGUGACCCAAAACACGAUGAUCCACCCCACUAUUUCUAAGGAGGGCAUUCAUGCCGUUGCAGACAUCGCUACUGGAACUGGUAUCUGGCUGAAGGAUGUCUCCAAAUUUUUGGAGCCUGAAUCCCAAGGAUCGGUCUACUACCACGGCUUUGAUAUUUCCUCGCAGCAAUUCCCCAAGCAGCAAGAGAACAUUGAGUUUUCUGUUCACGAUAUCACCAAGCCCUUCCCUGAGGAGCACCACAACCGAUACGACUUGGUCCAUGUGCGACUUCUAAUUGCCGCCAUCGACAAAGACGACUAUAGAGCGUCGAUCGAAAACGUUCACGCCAUCUUGAAACCCGGCGGUCACCUUCAGUGGGAGGAGAUCGACGAGGAAACAUACGUCGCCCCCGACAACCCUGUUAUUGCGGAGCUUUACAGAGUUUUCAACACCGCAAUGGAAUCUGAGGGAAAGUGCUUCCAGAUGUCUGAAAAGAUCUUCGAGGAAUGCACCGCAGCUGGCUGGCAGGAUGUCCAGAGAAUUGUGUAUAGCUCUGACUGGGAUCCUAGCCUCCUCAAAGAAGGAGAGGAUCGGCUAGUCAACGUCAUUGAGACAUUAUAUGCCAGUUUCCUGCUGCGAUCUGGAGAGGUCGAUACCGAUGAGGCGGCCCACAGCAAGACUGUUGAGUUGGUUAAGCAGUAUCGCGAGCUUUGUGCCGCUGGAAACUCUCAGCCGUGGAAGCUGAUCAGAGUCAUUGCCCAGAAGCCUAACUAA